GAGAGGAGAGGAGAGGAGAGGAGAGCAAACGGGGGGACAGGGAAGCAGUGGAUAUUUGGAUAACGCUACCUCAUCUUCGCCACAUCAUCUACUGGAUUACAUAAGACACACAGCCAAAGAUGAAAGCAAAGGACAAAAUAUCAAUUUGGGACGUGUGUGAAAAUAACAUCUGCCCUUGAUUUCUUUUUGUUGCUCUGGGGGAAAAUACCCCCCAAACCAGCGCCACAGGAGAAGAGGGAAAGGGGGGGUGCAGGGGGGGCGCAGGAAAAUAGGAGGUCGGGGGUGGAAGACCAACCAAACGACAAGUGUGUCAGAAACUACGGAGGGAAGGAAAAUCAGAGGAAAGAGGAGAAUGACAUGAACCAAGAGUCAUGGAAAGGACCAGGAUUCCAUCUGUGACCAUGGCUGCGCUCUUCUGGCUGCUGGCCCCGCUGCUGCCUGUGCUGCUGCUGGGGAUCCGGGUGAUGGCCGUUUGCCCCUCCGUGUGCUCCUGCAGCCGGGGCCACCGCGUCGUCGACUGCUCCAACCGUGGGCUCUCCAAGCUACCCGACGGCCUGCAGCACAACAUCCGUUUCCUGAACCUCUCCCACAACCACGUCCAGGACCUGGACGGUCUCCUCAGCCACUUUGCGCACCUCAGAACUUUGGACGUGUCCCACAACAUCCUGCGCAGGUUCCCCUCGGGCCUGCCCCGGGCCCUGUGGGACAUCCGUGCGUCCGGGAACCGCUUGCGAUUCCUGGACAAGAACGCCACGGCCUACCAGUGGAACCUGCAGACGCUGGAUCUCUCCUGGAAUGAGCUGGAUCGCGUGGUGUUCAUCAACAACACGCUGCCGGCCCUGCAGACGCUCAACCUCAGCCACAACAAGUUUUGGACCGUGCCCACCAACAUGCCUCACAACCUGAAGGUGGCGGACCUCUCGCACAACUUCCUGCUGCAGAUCCUCCCGGGGUCGCUCGACCGCCUGACGCGCCUGGAGAGUUUCUAUCUCCACGGUAACCGCUUCUCGUGGAUAGGCGAGGGAGCCUUUGUUCACCUGGAGGGCCUGAAGCUCCUGACCCUGGGGGAUAACCCCUGGGCCUGCGACGAGGAAGAGAACAUCACGCACCUGUUGGUGUGGGUGCAACACACCCACGCUCGUGUGCUGGGAUGCCCGUGCCACACCAGACACACGUGCGGCGAAGCUCAUAUUGCCGUGGGAACCUGGCACUCUUACGCCUCCUACACGGAGCACCCGCUGAGCACCGACGCCCGUAAUCGUCUCGUUCUGGAACCACGCGACCACGGCGGGCCGUCGUUGCAGGCCGUGACGUCGGGUUACCUGUCCAGGUGGGAACUCGUUAACCAGCAGGACAACAACGGGAGCCUUUCCACAGAGUCCUCAGAACAGAUACUGUUCGGGGACGGGAGCACCGUGGUGGCCAGUGUGACGCCCCACCACGGCCCCGGGGCAGGGGCCAAAACUAGCACAGCGAGCCCCAAACGGAGCAGCAAGAAGGCGGUACUACCUGCCAAGGCACGCAGCAUGGGAACAGGCCUGCACGCUACUACUAUAGGCCAGCUGCCUCCACCCUACCUUUUAAUCACUAUGGCAAUCCUCAAGGGCAUUUGAUUGUCGUCACGUCUCCUGAACUUAAACGUUGGUUGCAUAUCCGUCAAAAAAACAUCAGUCUUCAGUUCCAUCCUCCAGACUCAUGCCUCGAGGCUUCACAUCAUGGAGGAUGUCUCAACACACAAAAAGGUUAGAUGGACAAGGACGGAGGAGAGAGGCGAGAUGCCGGAUAAGUGGGACUGCACGUGGUGCUUGAUUGUCCCUCGAGUCCCUCUUUGUUUCCUCCAUGGGAGUAAGAGAGACACCAAGGCAUAGGACAGAGGACAGAGGACACGUCUAGAGGGUGGAUAUUGAGACAGAUCUUUGCACAUGUGAUGAAGUUUAUUUUGACUACCGAUUAUAAAUGGCCUUCUAAAAACUGCUGCCCCCCCUUUCCAUUCCCCAUCCCGUUAAGUCCUGACUCAUUUCUCUUUCUGGCUUGAAUGUAAACAAAAGGUCAAUAGACAUAGAAUGUGAUACAAAAACACACAGAACUACACAUGAUGUGUAUAUCAUGUAUUCAAUCUCUCUGUCUUCCUGCUUCCAAACACGUACUGUAUGUCAACUUGUGAAAAAUGUAUUUGGAAAGAUAUAUGCCUCUACAAUGAAUACCCAUACAUACCUCUGGAGAAAAUAAGUAAAACAAACAUACAGAAAACCAAAACUAGUCUGCUUCGUGUAUGGUAUUUGUGAGGGCAACCCAUAGUCCUGUCUGAGGCAAGCCACAAAAACUGACCUAUACAGGAAAUAUGCUAUAGAUCACGUACAAAUGUUAAAGUUUAGUCAUUGGUGAAGUGAAACUGUGACCGAGGCUGAUAGCUCGUGAUGACCGUCAUCGUAAAACAAACAAACACCACGUCCAUGACAAAAAAAAAUGAAUGUGCCACAGACUAGCCCAUCCAUUAUCUGUAUUGCAACCGAGCAUGAACUUUUCAAUCUUUUGGAGACAUCAAAUCCCAAAUUGAUUUAAAUACCUAUAUAUUUAUACACACAGAGAUAUAAAUGCACAGAAUUAUAGUAUUAUUAUUUCAAAUGAGGUAAUGCUUUGAGGUUGGCCAGCACUGUGCGUUCUCUGAGUGUCCAUUAGAGACAGAUCAGAACAAGGAUACAGCCGUUUGAAUACCCUGCUGACCAAGUCAGCUGGUUUCCAAAUAUAGCUAGUGUGUGCACCAGUGCACAAAGCAAGGUCCACAAAGACAUGGUUUUGCAUGGAACACAACUUAAAACAGGCUCACAAGAGGCCUUAUCUUAACUAAUCAUAUCUACAAGAUAAAACAAAUCUGAUUGUAUAUAUCAGAAAUCCUGGUCCAUCAACGUCCAAUUUGCAGUCUUUUUUCCGAAGGAAUUUCUAUAAUACUAUGGAAGGCCUUCAGAAAAAAAGUAAAAACUCAGUUUCAUGGAAACUGGAACUCAUACAUGAUCUAAAAAUGACAUCAGAUCCUUGAGAAUACUGCCGUAGUACUUUUCUAUGUUGAGUAAUAGAGACAAAUAAGGGGAAAGCCAUAGGCUCCUUGUGAGAAUGUUUUCACACUGGUACAUUUCCAGAUAUGUAGCUAAGACAUGAUGUACGUACGUCAAGAUUAAGGUCUAUAACGCAUUCAGGUGUAUCGGUGAACAUCCUUUAUCCAAAGUGGCUUAUGUAGAGGUGAGUUAACUGUCAACCUUGGCAAAUAGACCAUUCUCACAUGGAAUAACUGUUUAAUGACCAAAAAACAAAUGGAGGAAAGACAUGGCCAGAGGACGUUGCCAAAUGACAAAAAGAGUCAUGAGUACAAAUGCAAACGUGGAAGGACAUCAAGACCAAUACUAUUCUACAUUUGGCAUCUAAACCUUCCCAUGCAGCAUGUGGGUCUUCACAACAUAUAUACACAAUAUCCUGAGUUUCCCCUGAGCAUGCAAAGACGGAGAAAAAAAGUUGAUGUAUUUUUGUCACUCAUACACAUUAAACAUGGGAUUUCACCAAUAAAGAAAUGACCAAGUACGAAAACGUUUGUCUCAUUUCUUUAUUAAG